CAGUGGCUCCUGCCUACCAGCGCAGACCGGGAGAAACUUGGCCGCGGGGAGAGAGGGAGGGCUGCCAGAGGAGGUGUCAGCAUGCCAUCCGCUUUCCAGUUUCAAUGCCACUUUGUUCUCAUCUUCCUGGCUGCCUCCAAGGGGGAAACCAGAUACCUAGAGGUGCGGGAUGCUGGUGAAGAUGAGCCUUUCCUGCUCCUCAGUGAAGAUCUGAAGAGAGAGCUGUCUGCAGGGCAGAUCUACCGGCGGUCGCUCCGGUGCAUCGACAUGCUGAGUAUAGAGGGGCAGUUCACCUUCACCGCAGAACAACCGCAGCUGCACUGCGCGACCUUCUUCAUCGGGGAGCCUGAGGAGCUCAUCACGAUAGACUACGACUUCGUAAACAUCGACUGCCAAGGGGGCGAUUUCCUGAAGGUAUUUGAUGGCUGGAUACUCAAAGGAGAGAAAUUUCCCAGUUCCUUGGACCAUCCCCUCCCCACUUCCCAAAGAUACGUAGACUUUUGUGAGAGCGGCAACAUUCAGAGGAGCAUCAGGUCAUCGCAGAACGUGGCAAUGAUCUUCUUCCGCAUUCACCGGCCAGGCAAUGGAUUUACUGUCACAGUCAAGAAAAACACCAACCUCUUCCCUUGCAAUGUCAUCUCUCAGACUCCCUCGGGAAGGUUUACCAUGGUCAUUUCUCAUCAGCACAGAAACUGCAGCUUCUCCAUAAUCUACCCCGUGGUGAUAAAAAUAUCUGAUCUUAUUCUGGGACAUUUAAAUGGCCUCUUUUUAAAGAAGCCAUCAGCAGGCUGUGCAGGAGUGGGAGAUUUUGUAGAGCUGCUAGGAGGAACUGGCUUAGACCCAUCCAAGAUGUUUCCAUUGGCUGAUCUCUGUCACUCCUUUCACGGGUCUGCCCAAAUGAAGAUUGGCUGUGACAAUACCGUGCUGCGAAUGGUCUCCAGUGGCAAACACAUCAACCGUGUAACAUUUGAGUAUCACCAACUUGAUCUGCAGGAAACGGAAAACAGAAAGGAGAACAGCAUUGAGGAAUUCUGCUUCCCUAGUAUCUGAGAGACCAGGCCACAAAUUUUCACAUAGCUAAUGAAAAUAACGUUCUGGUGAAUUAAGAAAAAUAUUAUUUUUCCUUUAAUCAGCUGGUAUUAUCGAGCCUUUCAAUGGUACAAGCAUAUUUCUUUUUCUCAUACAAAUCAGUCAUUCCCAUGAGCAAGGAGGAGAAAGCAACCAAUGUAUUAAUCUUUGUUAUUAUCAUUAUAUUUUUUUUCCACAGUAUUUAAGCUCACUUAUCACAUCCAAAAUCAAUAGCAAGAACAGAAGGCUAUGUUUCCCAUAUAAAUAUUAUUAGGAAAACAGACACAAACACUCUGUGUAUCUAGUCCGAGGACAUACAAAACCUACAGUAAGUAUAAACAAAAAAGCAAUUUUAUCCUUUUAAAUCAGGUAUAAACAAAAAAAUUAGAUGGUGGAAUAUACUUCCAGUUUUGUAAGAGGAAACACAACAUUAAUGUGUGUGAAAACUACUGGUUUGUUUAUGACUAUAAAUGUACUAUUUAUUUCUAAUGACAUGUUUUUAAUAAAAAUUUAUAGCAUGGAAACUUCCUUACACAAAUCCAAACAUGAAUAAAUACAUUCAAAGAGUUGGCAAAACCUUAUUAUGGUGUAUUUUUCUCAAGAGCUCUUUUAACAUUCUGGUUAAACUUCCUAAGUCUUGUGCAGUUUUCUGAAAAUUAUAAUUUCGAACAUAUGUUGCUGU